AUGGCCCACGUGAUAAGACGUUGUUUUACCACCACAGUCUCAAGGCAGGCUAAAAAAUUAACAAUAGGUUUAAUACCAGCUGAUGGUAUUGGAAAAGAAGUUAUUCCUGGUGCGAGACAAGUUCUCGAAGCGCUUCCGAAUAUUGAUGGGGAUAGUCCAAGUUUUAAUUUUAUAAAUCUAGAUGCAGGAUUUGAAUAUUUUCAAAAGAAUGGAACAGCCUUGCCAGAAGUAACUUUAGAAAUUAUGAAAAAUGAGUGUGAUGGGGCACUUUUUGGAGCCGUUAGCUCACCAUCUCAUAAAGUCGCUGGCUAUUCAUCUCCAAUCGUAGCUAUGCGAAAGCAUUUAGAUCUUUACGCUAAUGUGAGACCCGUCGUGUCCGUCGCGUCUGAAAAGGACUUUAGUCAAAAACACGUCGAUAUCUUAAUUAUUCGAGAGAAUACCGAAUGCUUGUAUGUAAAACAGGAACGACAAGUAACUGAUGAAUCAACAGGAUUAAAGGUGGCGUGGGCUGAACGGAAAAUAUCCGAAUAUGCCUCUAGACGGUGUGGUAAAAUGGCAUUCGAAAUGGCUUUAGGAAGGGAUAAACUUCGACAAAGUAUCCCAUUAGAAAAAAGAUUUUGGAAAGGGAAGCCAAAGGUAACAAUCGUUCAUAAAUCCAACGUAUUGAGCAUUACUGACGGUUUAUGGCGAGAAACUGUGCGAGGCGUUAAAGAAAACGAUCAUAAAUACAAUAGUGUAGAUAUGGAAGAACAACUCGUCGACUCAAUGGUAUAUCGCCUUUUCCGCGAACCUCAUUAUUUUGACGUCGUUGUUGCGCCAAAUAUGUAUGGUGAUAUCGUCAGUGAUGGUGCAGCCGCCUUAGUUGGCAGUCUGGGCGUUGUUCCAAGCGCAAAUGUUGGAGACAAUUUUGUCAUGGGGGAACCAGUGCAUGGAUCAGCACCUGAUAUAGCCGGGCAAAAUAAAGCAAAUCCUAUUGCCGCAAUUCGUAGUGCAGGCUUAUUGUUAGAACACAUGGGUUUUCAUCAGCAAGCACUAUGCAUUUAUAACGCAGUGGAUGGUGUGCUAAGACGUGGGGAAGUUCUUACACCAGAUUUGGGUGGAAGAGCGACAACCCAACAAGUCGUAGAUGCUGUCAUUAA